AUGUAUUCUAUACAAAAUAAAAUAAAUAAGAAUGAAGAAUAAUUAGAUUUGUAAAACUAACCGAAUUUUUAUGUUCAUCAUAAAUAAUUAAAAGUAAUAAUUUAUUUAAAAAAUAAAAUAAUUAUUUAAUAGCUUGCCUAAACAAGUUUUUUUAUAUUUUCUGAUAAAAACAAAUUUCGUUAUUUUUGUGUUUGGUUAAACGAAUGGAAAUAUUUUGAUAAUUUUAUAAUAAUAACUAUAUUAUUAAAUACAAUUACUUUAAUGUUUACAGACUAUAGAUAUCGUUUAGGCGAUGAAAAGCAAUCGGAAUGGCGCUAAAGUUUUUAAUAUUACACUGAACUAAUAUUUUUAAUCAUAUUUACUCUAGAAUUUUUAAUAAAAACAAUAUCAAUGUCAUUUAUAUUAUCACCAAAUGCAUAUUUAAGAGAUGUAUGGAAUAUAUUGGAUUUUAUUGUAGUUUUAAGUGGAAUUGUGAGCUUUAUUCCUGGGACUUUUAAUGUAAGUGCGAUUCGAACAAUUAGAAUUUUAAGACCUUUACGGUCUAUAAAUUCUAUAAAGGGAAUGAAAAUUUUAGUCGCAAGUUUAAUCGAGAGUCUUCCUGCAUUGGGGAAUGUCGUUCUUUUUUUAGUCUUUUUGAUUAUAAUGUUUGGGAUUCUAGCUUUAUAACUUUUUAGUGGGGUUUUCGAAUAUAGAUGUAGGAUUGGAUAAGCCCCGGAUAAUGGAUUUUGGCCUGCAGAUGAUAGUAUUAGAAGAUUAUGUAAUUUUUCAAGAAAUAAUUGCCCUUAGGAAAGGUUUUGUGGAAGUAUGGGCGAUUUUGGGUUACCUUAAAAUAUAAAAGAGAAUUAUUUAGAUGAGUUUAAUUAUGGUUACACAAAUUUUGAUAAUAUUUUGAUAGCAAUAUUUUCAAUUUUUUAAAGCUUGACAACUGAAGGGUGGUCUAAAAUAGUACUUAUUUUAAUAUAUGCAUAAGAACCAUGGAUUGUUUAUUCGUAUUUUAUUUUGUUAAUAUUAAUAGGAUCGUUUUUUGUGGUAAAUUUAAUUCUGGCAGUUAUAAACGAUAGUUUUGUUAAUGAAGAAUAAAAAAUUAAAGAAAAAUAUUUAGCUUAAGAAAGAAAAAAAUUAAGAAAAGAAAACAAUUAAAAGCAUCGAAAAUACUUUUCAGAAAUGAUGAUGAAAACAAAUUUUACUGAAAAUCAAAAUUCUGUAAAGUUAUAAAUAUAUAAAGAAAUUUAAAACAACGAAAAUGAAAAAAAACAAGAAAUUUAAAAAGUUUAAAAAGAUAUUUAAUAUUUCAGGUUUGUAAAAAUAAGUAGUUAAUAUAUGAAAAAAUAAAAAGCUUAUAGAAGAUUUUAAGAAAUUGUAUAAAAAGUUAUUGAAUUAAAUAAAUAUAAAGAAAAUUUAAAUAUAUGGAAAGAAGAAAUAAAAAAAAAAUAAAAAAUAAAAAUAAAAACAAAAAAUACUUUAUAGUUUUUACAAAACAAAAUAAGGAAUUUAGCUGAAUCUCGUGUUUUUUUAAUUUUUACGACUCUUGUAAUUAUUGCAAAUACAAUCGUUUUAUCUUUAGAUAAAUAUCCAAUAGAUAAUGCAUAUGAAAAUAGAUUAGAAUUAUUUAAUAUUAUAUUUACGUAUAUAUUUGCAUAUGAAAUGUGUAUUAAAAUUAUUGCUUUUGGAUUAAAAGGAUAUUUUAAAGAUAGUUUUAAUAUUUUCGAUUGUAUUUUAGUGUUUUUGUCUGUUAUAGAAAUAAUUUUUUAAUAAAGCGGUUUAUUUGUAACAAUAGCAGGUUUUAGAUCUUUAAGGCUUUUUAGAAUAAUAAAAUUGAUAAAAAGAUUAGAAAACUUAAGGUUUUUAUUAAUUUCUAUAGGGAAAACUUUACAAUAAAUAAAUAACUUUUUAGUUUUAGUGAUACUUUUUAUUAUAGUUUCUAGUCUUUUAGGUAUGGAAUUUUUUGCGUAUAAAAUUCGAUUUAAAGACGAUUUAGUGAAUUUGGAAGAUGGUGAAUCUCCUGAUGUAAAUUUUGAUAAUUUCUAGAAUGCUUUUGUAUGUAUUUUUAUUUUAUUAAUUAAUGAAAAUUGGAAUUAGAUAUUAUAUUAUCAUUUGAGGGCUUUUGGAGAUUGGUCACCUUCUAUAUUUUUUAUUACAGUUAUUAUUGUAGGCAAUUUUAUCUUACUUAAGCUUUUUUUGGCAAUUCUUAUUAAUUAAUUUUCAUAAAAUAAUAACUAGUAAUUAUUAAUUAAAAAUUAGAAUAAUAAUAAUAAUAAGAAGAAAAUUUCCAAAAAUAAGUUGAAUCUCCCAAAAAAUAUUAAAAAAAUAUUAUUAAUUCAUUAAAGUAAAUCUAAAUAUAUAUAUAUAUAUAUAUAUAUAUAUAAAUAAAUUAAAAAAAGUAAUUCAAGUAUAUUUAAUAAGAAUUAAAAUAAAUAAAGUCGUUUUAAAUCAAAUCUCGAUUAAAAUCAAAUCCAAAAAAUUCAUUUAUAAGGAAAGUCCUUAAACAUAUUUACUGAAAAAAGUAAACUUCGCAUAAUCUUAUCACAAGUUUUAUUCAAUAAAAAUUUCGAAUACUGUUCAAUAAUAAUAAUUAUAAUAAGCUCCAUAAUCUUAUGUAUAGAUGAACCUUUAUAAGACCCCACAAGUCAAAAAGCCUUAUUAUUAAAUAUAAUAGAUAUUAUAAUAACGAGUAUAUUUUUAACGGAAUGUUUUAUAAAGAUAAUAGUUUUCGGUUUUUUUUUAAAUGGCAAAGAUUCUUAUAUAAGAAAUAUAAAUAAUUUAUUGGGAUUUUAUAAUUGUAGUAUUAUCUUUGGCUGGUUUUUUCGAAGAAACAGGAAAUUUACAAAAAGUGAAGGUUAUAAGGCUUUUUAGAGUGGUAAGACCUUUAAGAAUUAUUUAAAAGAAUGA